AUCUGAUUUUCGAUAAUUACGCUUGAUAAUUAUUAUUUAUUCAAAAGUAAACAUUAGGAUGACCGCUCGUGGAGAGAAGAAAGACGAUAUGGUGAGAAGAUUUCUUUAAUUUCGAAUAACAGAAUGAUAAUCGAAUGAAUUUAUCACAGAACGAUGAAGACAAGAGGUUACAAGAAGAUUUAUUGCAAUUGGUCGACGUAUUAAUGGUAAGAAUUUAAUAUUAUUCUGUACGGGCGAGUGACAAUCAUUAAGAAUAAUAAUGAUUCUGGGCUCAAGGGAAAAGACGAAAAGGCGAUGGCACGUGCUCUGGUACAUCUUAGAAUAUUAAUGCAAACGUCGACCACUUCGAUGACCUCGGUACCAAAGCCAUUGAAAUUUCUCAGAGAUUACUACGCUCGAUUAAAGGAUGCCUAUUAUAAAAUCGAAAAAAACGACGACAUUAAGAGACAAUUUGCCGAGAUUUUGAGCGUUUUAGUUAUAGUUGGAACAUCUUCAAGCUCGAGAGAAUGUUUAGAUUUUUGUAUAAAAGGAUCGGUGAAAAAUCCUGGCGAGUGGGGUCACGAAUAUGUUAGACAAUUGGAGGCAGAGAUAGUCGACGAAUGGACCAAAUCGAUGAGUCCAUUUUUUCACAGGUCACAGCUUACGCCUUUGAUCGAGAGCAUCGUGAAGUUCAAUAUGAAACACAAUGCCGAGAUACAAGCCUGUGAUCUGUGCUUGGAAAUUGAUCAAAUGAAUUUUCUACAUGAGCAUUUGGAUUCUAAUAACUUUUCGAGAGUGUGUCAUUACUUGACGAGUUGCGCCGCUUACAGCGAAGACACGGAGAGAAAACAGAUAUUGGAAUUCGUAUUCGAUCAAUAUAUGAUAUUCGCAGAGUAUAGUAAAGCCAUGCUGAUUGCAUUACAACUGGCCAAUCCGGAUUUGGUGUUUAAGUGUCUUUCCACCUGUCCAGAUUCUUUGAUACGAAAACAAUUAGCAUUUCUGAUUGCGAGACAACAGAUUCAGAAUCAUUUAAUGAAGAAGGAAUAUCAAGAAGAAGAUGCACAGGAUAUCGAGACUAUACUUACCAAUGGACAUGUCAAUGGCCAUUUUCAAAUAUUGGCCAGAGAAUUGGAUAUAUUAGAGCCUAAAUUACCGGAAGAUAUUUACAAGACCUGGUUGGAGACAGGAAUCAGACGAGAUAUCGAUUAUGAUUCUGUCAGAUCGAAUUUAGCUUCUAGCUUCGUUACGGCUUUCGUUCAUGCUGGUUUCGGCGAAGAUAAACUUAUGGCAAAUACCAAAGACUGUUGGGUAUACAAAAACAAGGGACAUACGAUGCUAUCGGCAACUGCAUCCUUAGGUCUGAUACAUCUUUGGGACGUGGAUGGUGGAUUAGUACCGAUCGACAAGUAUCUUUAUACGAGUGACGAUUACAUCAAGUCAGGUGCUCUAUUGGCAAUCGGAUUAGUAAACUGUGGAGUUCGAAAUGAAUGCGACCCAGCCUUGGCCCUGUUAAGCGAUUAUGUUCUCUCUACCAGCGAAAUUCUACGAAUUGGUGCAACCUUAGGAUUAGGUUUGGCUUAUUCUGGCUCUCAACGGUCAGAUGUUGCGGAACUUUUGACAUCGGCAUUAAACGACAAACAGAGUACCAUGGAAAUUAUCGGACUUUCUGCGAUUGGUUUAGCUUUGGUUUACGUUGGUACGGCCAAUUCUGACGUCUCCUAUGUUAUAUUGCAGAAGUUAUUAGAACUUACAAUCGAGCAAUUGGCUAAUACGCAUUACAGGUUUUUAUCACUGGCCUUGGGAAUACUUUACAUGAGUUGCCGGGAUGUCAUAGAUACUCCAUCAGCGGCACUAGAAGUUUUACCUGAACCAUACAGACUAGCUUGUCAAACUAUGUUACAGAUUUGCGCAUACGCUGGAACUGGCGACGUUCUUAUCGUCCAAGAACUCUUAAGAAUUUGUUCGGAACCCGUUAAUGGCAAGGAAAGUAUCUAUGGUACACCAAUUACGACUCCUGUUGCCAGUUGUUGCGAUCAUGGAAAACGUGUGGUUUCCAAUCUAACGACAGACGAUAAUCAAGCGAAGAACAAGACUCCUAAUUCCAAGUAUAUGUCUGUUAUUAACAUAUUUUUAUUAACGGUAGGACGAUACGGUCCGACCCAAGCAAGACGAGCGGUACCCUUAGCUAUGGCCCUUUCGUCUCUUUCUAAUCCAGAACCGGCACUCUUAGAUGUUUUGAACAAAUAUAGUCACGACAAUGACGUGGACGUUGCUCAUAACGCAAUAUUAGCUUUAGGAUUGGUCGGUGCUGGAAGUAACAAUGCGAGAUUGGCGACCAUGCUUAGACAAUUAGCUGCCUAUCAUGCCAAAAAUCCUUCUCAUUUAUUUCUCGUACGAAUUUCUCAAGGUCUCGUGCAUUUAGGGAAAGUAAGUUGGGAAUGUUCGUGCCAAGUUCUUCUUACUUCUUCCUCUUCCUCUGUUAAAUUUUUCAUUUAUCAGGGUACGUUAUCGUUAUCACCGAUGCAUUAUUCAUCGAGAAUCUUGGAUCGAACGGCACUGGCUGGAUUGAUGGUUGUUCUGGUUGCAUGUUUGGAUUGUAGGAAUUUGAUAUUGGAUAAAUCUCAUUACUUGAUGUACUGUUUAGCUACGGCCAUCGAACCACGAUGGUUGGUCACUUUGGAUAAGGAUCUUAAGACACUUCCUGUUUCCGUUAGAGUUGGCCAAGCCGUAGACAUCGUUGGCAAGGCUGGCAAUCCAAAAUCCAUAGCUGGUGGUAACGUUCAUACGACCCCAACCCUUUUAAUGCAUAACGAAAGGGCGGAAUUGUUGUUAGACGAAUAUGAACCUUUGUCCAGCAUGCUGGAAGGGUUUGUUAUUUUAAGAGAAAAAGCAGAAUCUUCCUAAACGAACCUUUUGAUCUUUUUAAAUAAACAUUGAAAUACUUUCUUCACCCACAAAGCUAAACUUUGCCAUAUAAAAUGACUUAGAAGCUGGUACGGAAUUCAGUUUUUUUUUUUUUUUUUUUUAUAUAGGUUUGCGUUUAUUUAACUUUAGGGACUAGCGGAAGCAAUGUGCUUUAUACAACAGAAAUGUACAUUGGUAUGCAUUGCACAGUGGGAACAACAACGUUGCACCAUGAUCAAAGUAUUAGACAGAUUUUUAACAUCUGUUUCCUCAUUCUUUUCUUCUUUAUCUCUCAAGCAUGGCUAAUUCUAUACCUUAAUUAUAUAUAUAAGUAGGGUAAAUAAAAGUUUCACGACGAAGCCGAGUUUAUAACUCGAAUACACGCAUGUAUACGCGUGUCCGUUCCAACGACGUAGAAAAGAACAAUUUUUGGGGGAGAGGGGACUAAAAUACUUCGACGGACUUUUUUUUUUCUUAUCUCGUUCCUUUUGAUAUUUUUUCACAUGCGUAGAAUACACAUAGGUAUAUCAUGGUGCGUUUUCCUUUCAUAUCGAAUGAUGUAACAUAUAUACGUAUGUUUGUGUAUGUGUGUUUGUAUGUAUGUAGUAUUUAUGCAUGUAUGUAUGUAUGUAUGUAGGUAGGUGGAUAGGUAUAUGAAUAAGUCCAAGUUACGUGUACGAGAGAUCAUGGCGCUCGUUCCUUACUUUUCCCUUUUGCUUUUUAUCUUUCUUUCUUCUUCUUAUUAUUUAUUUAUUUUUUUUUCUUUUUUUUUUUUUUUUUUUUUUAUUAUAUAUUAUAAUUA